CACCGUAGAUGAUCCGGCUAAGCAACCAUCUACCCCAUCGGUGGGUCACACAUUUCCACAGUUGCGUUUUUAAACUGAGCGAUUCUUCACGUUUUUUCAUCCUAUCGUCGGAGAGUGAGCUACAUUUGUCGUGAUAAGAAGAAAUAAUUAGCCACCAUGUUCCUCACCCUCACCCUGCUGCGGAAAGGCAUCCCUGGGAAGCAGUGGAUUGGAAAAUAUCGGCGUCCACGACAGAUCACAUGGCAGAUGAAACGCAAUACACUGAAGCGUCUGGAGCUUGAGGCUGAAAAUGAAUACUGGAUCAGCCGACCGUACAUGACUCCAGAACAAGAGUACUGCCACGCCGCAGAACGCAGAGCCGAGACCUGGCUCAAGAUCAAGGAGGCCAAAUUUGCCAAUUUUCCUGAACACAAGCAUAUGACAGAUCAUCUGAGUCAUCUCAAAAUCACCAAGACAUGGUCGAGUUAACGUGAGCAUUGAAAUGACAUGUAAAGACUGUCCUUAUAAUGUGACGAUAUAGCAUGUUAAUGUGUGCAAGAAAGCUCGUUUUGUUAUUAAUGUGAAGCGUAGCUGAAAAGCUACCGAAGAGUGGUCAACCAAGUCCACAAUAGCCUGUUUUAGCUCCAUCUGUCUCCAUAAUACAAAUCUGUAAACUGUUUUUUUUUUUUUUUUGUGGUUUUCUAUCACAAAUACUGAAUCCCCACUGCAACAGGACUGUAAUUUCUCCACAUUCGGUGCAGCUUCUUCAGAUAAUCAGCUCUGUAAUAGAUCCUUAAAUACUUAUUUUUGAGCCCAAUGCACUUUCAAGCUGGGAAAAUCGGGCUUCUAACUUGUAAUAAAAUCUCUACUAUUAUAUAAACUGCUGAAGUGUAUUCCAUGAGGGA